CAUGUUUUUAUUUCUAAAAAUCUUGCCGAUUCUCGAGUGUUGACGUCUAUUUGAUAAUUGGUGGUUAAGUGACGAACGAGAUUUGGCGCGGAUACGCGAAUGCGCGAAAAUGGCGCGUGAGAGAAAUAGAAAGGGUGGAAAAGAGAGAAGAAUAACGGAUCCAGGUUUAGAGCAAGGAGCGUCGGUUUUUCGUAGCUGACAGCUCUCGUCGUCGACAAUGUCCGUGACAACAAAAAGAUGCGACAUCUGGUUUAGUAGUGCCACGACUUCUGGGCUGGUUCGGCCGUAAAGCUUUUUCACCUCCUUCGGAGGACAUGCAAGAGAUAUCCGAUACAGUGCGGCAAAUCGUCGAAUUCGAGGAUUUAGUGUCGCGAUUGAAUCGAAUAAACGACGUUGGGCGACCGUUGAACAAUAUCGGUGGUGCUGUUAUCGAGAAUAAAAUCGGAACGAUAAUUACAACGAUAUCUGCAGCAAGAACGACAACGAUAACGACUACGUUAACGAAAACAACAACGACAAAGACGUUGUCGAAUUGGGGAAAUAUUGGUGGAUCAUUACCAGUUUCACGUUCUAUAGCCCCGGAAUUGGGAUCGAAAUCGGAUACGGUGCCUGUGCCGGCGUNNUCUGCGUCGACGUCGGCAUCGGCAUCGGUAUCGGUAUCAUUACCGUUUUUGAACAAACAGGAAUCAAAUUCUGUUCCUUUGUCGCGACAUUACGUUCAAGAUUCAAAUUGCUCGUGCACGUGUUCGCACAUCGGAACCGCCGUCAAGUCCGCCAUUCGUACGAUUAACUGUUCAUCUGUUUCAUCGGAACAUCGGCAGAAGGAAGAAAUUGAACGUCAAGAACAACAAGAACAAGAACAACGAGUGCGCGUACAUAUCGGUAUCGACGAGGAUUUACGCAUGAUUCUCGACAUGGAUCCGUCGAUUGUCGACGGAAUGCCCACGUCGUCCCUAGUGCACGCCAACUCUCGGAACAAUGGUCACGUUGCGUUUGCUCGGCCGUUACGAUCAACUCGCCCGCAAGGCUGUCCACCAACGUUUAAGACUGCAACACCCACCUCGCGUACACAACUGAAACUUCAGCUGAUGCGAGAACAGCUGCAAGAGCAGGAAAGGCGAGAAGCUGAAUUUCGUCAGAAUUUGCAGCAACAGAGACCAACGGCUGCUCCUCCCAGGCCAGUACCUUCUACCUCACUCUCGACCAUCGGCGUAGACGUACCACCACAAGUCUUACAAGUACGGACAUUAUUGGAAAAUCCGACGCGUUACCAUGUCGUUCAAAAGCAGAAGAAUCAAGUGCGGCAAUACCUUCACGAAUCGUUUCGCGGUAACGGAACGAUCAGCGCCGGGGAUGGAAACGUUCUCGGCAGAAAUUCGGUGGAAGGUGUGCCGACAUCCGCACCGAUGAUAGUACAGAGCGCACCACCGGGUCCAACGGUACAUCAUCCAAAGCCGCAGCAUCCUCAUCUGGCUUCGUAUCCACACGGUCCAACGGUAUUGCCGCUUGGUAAUCAGGUUGCGGCUAGUCCAGAUCCUACGACUGGUGCUAUGUCACCAGGUCUUUCCAGUGUCGCGACCAGCAAUUCCGAGGCGGAGGAUCUUUUGGACGACAUAUUGUCGUUCGAGGCAAACUCUCUAGGUGAUAAUUUAAAGGACAGCCAAUCAGGAAGUCUGACCAAUAUUCCCGAGUUGCAAAUCAAACCGGAACCUUUGUUACUUACGGAGGCGGAGAUACACGCGCUUGCCAAAGAUCGACAAAAGAAAGAUAAUCAUAAUAUGAUCGAGAGACGACGACGGUUCAACAUAAACGACAGAAUCAAAGAGCUCGGCACUCUUUUGCCUAAAACUAACGAUCCGUAUUACGAAAUCGUUCGAGACGUUAGGCCGAAUAAAGGCACGAUACUCAAGUCUUCGGUCGAAUACAUAAAAUUGUUGAAAAACGAGUUGACAAGAAUGAAACAGAACGAAGUCAGGCACAAGCAAUUGGAACAUCAGAAUCGCCGACUCCUUUUACGAGUUCAAGAGUUGGAAUUGCAAGCAAAAGCGCAUGGCCUUCCGGUUUCUGAUUUCAAUUGGGCCUCCACUUCCGGUAGCAUGUUGAACGCCUUUGCUCGAAACAAACUCGAGCAUCGCAAGAUUCCAGAAUUGGUUACCGAAGAAGCAACGAGUUUGAGCAUGUCUCAACUGGAAGAUCUGAUGGAGGACGACGGGAAUGGGCCGAUUCAUAGCGGCGAUCCUAUGCUCUCCUCGCCUCAUCUGCCGCCGUUGAGUCCGACGCAAACUGGUUGUCAACAUGGGCUGCCGGACGAGGACACUCUCGGUAGUUUGGCACCGACCACGCCCAAUUCUUCCUCCGACAUGGAUAUCGUCGCGUAAUACGAUUCAAACGGAAUCAAAUCGAAUGGAAUUCGAAUCGUAUUCCAAUAUUAUUUAUCGGAACGAGCUAGCAACGAGAGUGAUGCGAAUGAUACGUAGCGACGAUGCGGUCGAAAGAGAGAGGCAAAUAAGUUGGUUGCGUCGCGUUGCGAUCAUCACACAAGCGUUAUGUUCUUCUUUUAUCGUUAUCUUUCUUCAACGGCUGGCCGUUACCCCCUCAUACUUGCAUACGUAUUACGAACUAUACGUUUUACACGAAUACUAGAACGAUACUGGUGCAUACAAUAUUUGUACGAUAGGGUCGUUCUUCUCUCGAAA